CUUGGAACAACCGCCAUUUUGCAGUGACUGUUGAUGAAGGGGAAACUGGAAGAACCGGUGAUUUCGGCCCCAAAACUCGACAUGAAAAUGGCUGCAGAAGUCGAGCGGACACUGAGCCCAGGUGCAGAUGGUGGUCGUCAGUUUGAUAUGGACGACUUUGACAUUUUGGAUGCUGAGCAGGGGGCCGAUGCUCGCUCACUGGAGCUGAAGGGUCACGUGGGGUUUGACAGUUUACCUGACCAGCUGGUGAACAAGUCCGUGUCUGGGGGCUUCUGUUUCAACAUACUGUGUGUGGGUGAAACAGGAGUUGGGAAGUCCACAUUGAUGGACACUUUGUUCAACACCCAGUUUGAAGAUGAGCCAGCUGCCCAUGAUGUACCAGGGGUGCACCUCAAGUCUAAAACUUAUGAGAUUCAAGAAAGCAACGUGAGACUGAAACUGAACAUUGUGUACACUGUCGGCUUUGGAGACCAGAUCAACAAGGAAGACAGUUACAAGCCCAUAGUAGAGUACAUAGACCAACAGUUUGAGAACUACCUCCAGGAGGAGUUGAAGAUCAAGCGAGGACUGCACAUGUACCACGACACACGUGUACACGCCUGUCUCUACUUCAUCACACCCACUGGGCACUCAUUAAAAUCCUUGGACUUGGUAACAAUGAAGAAACUUGACUCAAAGGUGAACAUCAUCCCCAUCAUAGCAAAGGCAGACACGAUAUCCAAGAAUGAGCUGCACAAGUUCAAGAUCAAGAUCAUGAGUGAGUUAGUGAGCAAUGGAGUCCAGAUCUACCAGUUCCCUACAGAUGACGAGACAGUGGCUGAACUCAACGCUACCAUGAAUGGCCACUUGCCAUUCGCAGUUGUUGGGAGUACAGAUGAAGUGAAGGUGGGAAACAAGAUGGUGAGAGCCAGGGUGUACCCAUGGGGUACUGUACAAGUGGAGAAUGAGAAUCACUGUGACUUUGUGAAGUUGCGAGAGAUGUUGGUGCGAACCAACAUGGAGGACCUGCGAGAGACGACGCACACGCGCCACUACGAGCUGUUCCGCCGAUGUCGUCUGGAAGAGAUGGGAUUCGUGGACGACGACUCGGAUAACAAGCCAUUCAGCCUACAUGAGACAUACGAGGCCAAGCGUGUGGAGCACCUGAAUGAGCUUCAGAGGAAGGAGGAGGAGAUGAGACAGAUGUUCGUGGUCAGGGUCAAGGAGAAGGAGGGAGAGCUGAAGGAGGCUGAGAAAGAACUCCACGCCAAGUUCGACCAGCUGAAGCGGCAACACUCUGACGAGAAGAAGAAACUGGAGGAGAAAAAGAAGAUGCUUGAGGAAGAGAUCAACCUGUUCAACAAGAAGAAACAGGCGGCCAUGGCAGCGCAGCAGCAAGCCCAGCAGGCUGCCGCCUCUGCCACACAGACCAUCCCCAAGGCACACAAGAAAAAAUCUCGGCCGCCGUCUCGUGUCUGGCGGCUGGUUGGCUGCUGGGCGUUCCCCCCGACCGACAGUCAUCCGGGAACGCCGGACUGGCGACAUCCGGCCUCUUCAGACGUCCACAGAAGAAACGUGCUCCAGAAUCUAUUUCCGUCGUACUAGAGUAGGUAGAGUGUACACUGGGGGACAUUUUCCUUUACAAAUCAUUGAAAGCCAUAUUGUGAUUUCAUGUAUGCUGCACUUUGAACUGCUGACGCUCCUUAAUUUUAGAACCUUUUGUAGAAGCUAUCACCUGCGAGUAAGCAUAUUGUGUAUAUUCCAAAGUGUGUUCAAAGCUGUGGCAGCUACAUUUCCCUUCAACUCCAAAAUAAGAAGCUUUGUCAAAAGAUGGCAAAACAUUUUUAUAUCUGUAUGUAUUUAUAUGGAAAUAUAAUAUCCAAUUAUUGCUUCAGGAAGCCUUUGUUAAAAUUUGUUGACUUUUUUCCUUUUUAUCAAUUUUCGUCUGUCUGAUUGUUGCUACUUGUACAAAAUGGCCCCUUCUGUACACUGGUUGCUACUAAAAACCAAGACCAUGGCUUUUAUAACCAUAAUCACAUAGCAUAAUAUUGAUAAGACACUUUGAGGAGGUUAUAUAAUUGGUUAUGGCAUCUUUGCACUGUGCAAUAUUUAAACUGAAUGAGGUAGUGUAUUAACCUGAUACAAACAGUACUUUUUAUGUAUAUGUAAUGAUAAAUGGUGUUAAUUUUUUAAUGCAAAAGCGUAGACUUGUGGGCAGCAUCUUAGCAUAAAACUUACGUCUUUGGCUUCGCCUUGUAGAUAGCUUUGACCAGAAUUCUCAAGCAAAAUACUAGUAGAUGAUAAACAACACUUACAUAAAACUGCUGUAACAAAAAAUAUGCACAUGUUUGACACAUGUAUGUACUGACGAUAGAUGGGUAUUCAAUGUUCAAAAUGUUCCUUUGCCUUUAAUUUUCGGGCACUGGUAAGAAUGGCACCAACAAAACUGUUGUUUUCUUAUAGUGCGGAUAGAAAAACUAUGACAUUAGGAAGUUUUGUUUCUAUGGCCGCUACAAAUGUAGUCCUGACACUUUGACUAGACUGAUCAAGUCUUCCACAAUUACGGUCUUAAGACGCACUGUUUCAUUUGAUCAACUUUUUCUCUGUCUUUAUCUUCACAUAAAUCAAUCCAAGAAUCCGACAAAUGAAUGAAAUUCAUACAAUUCUUUUCAGCAAAGCAUCUUUAUGCACUCUCCCAAUGAGGGAAGGUAUUGAAGAUUUUCUUUAUUUCCUUACCAUACCCUAACAAUGUACAAUGUAAGCUGUACCUUUACCCUUACAUUUCUUAACACCAUUUGUUCAAGACUCGAAAUGACUCAAGAGAUCUUAGAGGGAGACCAUUAUGUGAAACAAGUGGUGAUAUUUGCCAGUGUAGCAUAGGUGAAAACUGCCUACAAUUUGGCAAAUGUAUUGAAUUCCCAUUCUAUCUACCAUGUGAAGUACAAUGUAUGACACACACAUCAGCAAAGGUAUCUUUGUGGAAAGCUUUCGAGACAGAUAAUUGCAAACAACAUACACAGACGUAUGGAAAAUAGGGUACAAGCCAUCAUAGCAAUGUGAGAAAAGCGAUCAAUAAGCCAUCACAGUCAGUACAAAAUGUAUGUGGUAAAACAUUUCUACAAAUAUUCGCUUUUAGAUAAAAGAAACAGAUAAUCUUGCAUAUACCGUGAAUAGCUUUUGUACUUGUAAAAUAAUAUUGAAAGGUGGAGGGGAGUGUAAAUUGGAACAGGUACAGUAGAGUUAGACCUGCUUUUAGUACCACAAGCUUUGACAUUGUGGAAGACCUGGAAGUUGAUAUGGGGGGUUUAGGAGUCAAAACUCGCUGCUGAUAUGAAAAACGUGCCGUAUUGUGGGAAAAUGAAUAAACGGUCCAGUCAUACUGGAUGCUGUACAUGUGAAGGAUAGUGUAAUUGUUGCCACAUCAACUUUAAACCCAUCUGAAAUGAUAAAGAGAGAAGACUUUGAUUUGAAAACCUGUGUCACUCAACUUUUGCAGAUGACACAGGGCAGACAAAGGCAACGUCUAGAUUCUUGCUAUUCCACAUAAGGAAUGACCCUUACAAAGUAUAUGGGACGAUAGUUUUUGAGUAAUACUUGUUGAUGAAACCUGGAGAACUUUGAUUUUUGUAGCAGUUCAAUUUGAUUCUCAGUUAUCAACAACUAGAAAUUACAAGAAAUGUAGCUUUUGAGUUGAUUAGUGAGACAGAUUCGAUGCAACAACCAGUGUAUCUUUGCUGCAUCCUUCUGGACAAGAUCAAAUCAUUGAUUGCUAAAGGAAGUGACAUCAUCAUCGCCAUGACAACGAGCAUGAUGUCACAUCCUGCCAUAUCCAAAGCUUUGUACUUGGUCUACCUGAACAAUGAGAUGUUGAACAUACUGGCAGAAAGCUACCCAGCACGUAGUAGGGUUGGAAUUAUGCAUUUUACCGGGGACUUUUGUAUCGCUUCAUGCAAUAAAUCAUGUCUUUCAAGUUUGACCGUGAACUUGUAAGGGAUUUACUUGGUGCUAUAUAUUUCUGCCAGGCUAGUGGGGUUAGGUAUGCUUUAUUAACAGUUGUACUGUAAGAAAAAAACAUUUCAUGAUCGUACAAUGAUAUACUAGUAGUACUAUAGCUACACACAAUUAUAAAACAUGUAUUGCAUUUCUACUAUGAGAAAUAAACUGAAAAGAUCCACAGUUUUUCUCU